CGACACUCAGGACGGGCCAACUCCGAUCACACGAUGGGUGAGGUGAGGAAGCGAAAAGAGGUCAAGGAUGACGGGGCUGAUAGCCAAUCAGUGGCAAGCAAGGAGUCGGCAGCCAUGCAGCUAAAGAAACAGGUUGGUCUGUUCAGCGGGAUCAGUCUUAUCGUUGGAACAAUAAUUGGAUCGGGCAUCUUCAUUUCCCCCAAAUCUGUCCUCCGUAACACUGGCGCCGUGGGGCCAUGUCUCCUUAUCUGGGCCGGGUGUGGAAUAAUUGGCAUCUUAGGUGCGCUGUGCUUCGCAGAACUCGGUACGAUGAUUACAAAAUCUGGCGGGGAGUACCCAUACCUCAUGGAAGCUUUUGGCCCCAUCCCGGCGUUCCUCUUCUCCUGGGCCAGCGUCAUCGUCAUGAAGCCCUCGUCGUUCGCCAUCAUCUGCCUGAGCUUUGCUGAAUACACAUCGGCGCCCUUUUAUCCUGGCUGUGAACCCCCACCAGUGGUCAUCAAGUGCCUGGCAGCCGCCGCCAUAAUGACGAUCACGGUGGUGAACUGUAUGAGCGUGAAGUUGGCAAGCUACGUCCAGAACUUCUUAACGGUGGCCAAAAUGAUCAUCGUCGUCAUCAUCAUUGUUAGCGGCAUUGUGCUGCUGAUUCAAGGAAACACACAGAAUUUUUCAAACAGCUUUGAAGGUUCCACCAUUACGGUGGGGGGCAUCAGCCUGGCUCUGUACAACGGUCUCUGGGCAUACGAUGGAUGGAACCAGCUCAAUUAUAUUACAGAGGAGCUUAAAAAUCCAUACAGAAACCUCCCCUUGUCCAUCAUAUUCGGGAUCCCCUUGGUCAUGGCCUGUUACCUACUGAUCAAUGUCGCCUAUUUCACCGUGAUGACCCCAACAGAGCUCCUUCAGUCUCCGGCGGUCGCUGUGACCUUCGGGGAUCGUGUCCUGCACCCGGUGGCCUGGCUGGUUCCCCUGUUUGUGGCCUUUUCGACCAUCGGAUCAGCCAACGGAACGUGCUUCACUGCCGGCAGGCUCACAUACGUCGCUGGCCGGGAAGGUCACAUGUUGAAAUUUUUGUCUUACAUCAGCGUCAAACGCCUGACCCCGCUACCGGCCAUUGUGUCUUAUGGUAUCAUUGGAAUGAUUUAUAUCAUCCCGGCAGACAUCAACACCCUCAUUAACUACUUCAGCUUUGCCGUCUGGAUAUUUUAUGGUCUGACCAUCGCUGGCCUCGUGGUAAUGAGAUUCACCAAGAAAGACAUGAAGAGGCCAAUCAAGGUUCCGAUUGUGAUCCCCAUUCUGAUGGUUCUGGUCUCCAUGUAUCUGGUAAUAGCACCCAUUGUGGAUCAGCCGGAGUGGGCCUAUUUGUACUGCGUUCUCUUCAUCUUUAGCGGACUCAUAUUCUACUUCCCGUUUGUGCACUUCAAGGUCCGAUGGGCACAGAAGAUCACGAAGCCCAUAACGAUGUACAUACAGAUGAUCAUGGAGGUGGUUCCACCGGUAGAAUCCAAAGAAUAAAGGACCCUGGGAACUGUUAGCGCUGCAAGUCUGGACAUUUUGUACAUAGUGUAAAAUGUAAUUUCAAAAGGAAAAACA